UAGCCGGAGUGUAUGGUUGCUUCACCCCGCCCCAACACCCUACUGUGCCAUCCUGACGUGUUAUAACUUACAAUUAAUCUAUUAUGGGAAGUGUAGACAGAGAAAACUUAUAUCAGGUACAGGAUAUAGAGGGAAGCAGUAGUGCGGUGACAACUCCAGGCGAUGUCAUGACCACCACAUCUGUACAGUUAGACACUCCCACCACACCCCUACCACCACCUUCUCCACGAACGAUAACAACAACAGAUGACAUCCCUCCUCUAUAUGAGCCUUUGGCACCUCUGUCAGUAUCCACACGGAUAAGUCCUUUUGAGCCGAACAUCGGUCCACCUCCGUCAUAUGAUGAAUGCCACAACCUCAAUGAUCCUCCCCCAACAUAUGAUUCUCUUUUUGGAAGAGUACGAGAAGUUCAUAAAACUUCUAAUGGUGUCAUCGACUUCAUUAAAAAUAUAAUAGUUCUCUUUGUAGGAACAAUUGGUUGUACAGUGAUGAUCAGUGUAACCAUAGUGAUCCCUAUCUUCAUGAUCAUUGUAGGCUCCCUCAAGAUGGAUGAAUGCCCAGCAGAACCCUUGAUUCCUGUUUACCUUGUUGUUGGAGGUACAUUUGGCGCGCUGAAAAAUUUGUUGGGUUUGCAAGGAAAGUUGCGUCGUCCAUUAGCAGAAGAGGAAGGGGGAGAAUCAUCAGAUGCUUCAACUCCUUGGCACCGCAGAAUUAAAUUCACUGGUUCCAUCAACUUCUUCUUGACUGUUUGGUUUAUUCUAGGUUGUGUGUGGGUGUACCGUAUCUAUGAGCCCAGCUACUUACGGGAUGGUGGUGGCUCGUACUGUGAUUACACUUUGUACCAGUUUGCUUUCUGGCUGGUAACUUCCGUCUAUAUUGCCGUUGGUCUGUUGACUUCCUGCAUAUGUUGCCUUUCUGCAGCCACAGUUGUCAUGAAGCACAAUCGCUUGACAGAAGCACAGGUUUAAGUUUCAUAAGAGUGAUUUUUGUCUGUGAAAAUAUUGGUGUAUGUGAGAUGUGUGCGUGUUAACUGUAAGUCUGCAUUUAGGUUUAUCAGACAUAUUGCCAGAUACUACACAGUAUGUUGAUGUUGACAGCUCUUGAUUAAUAUUGGAUAAAGAGACUUCCUGAAAAUGAAUCUCAGAGAAAUUUUAUGUUUGUCAGGUUAUAUGAAAAAAGGUAAGUAGCUUUAUUUACACUUAUUUACUGCACUACGUACAUAUAUGCUCCAUGACUGAGACAGCAAUUAGUGUAUAAAAAAUCUAGUAGAUACUGUACUGUGGUCUUCCUUCAUCAGUUUUGGACAGCAAUUGUUUAUUUAACCCAACAUCAUUAUUUUUUAUACAACCUAUAUAUCUCACAGAGUACAGUAGUGUUGUCAGUAGAAAUAUUAGUUUAGUAAGUGGACGAAAAAGUUAUAUCACAUAAAGCCUUGUUUAUAUUCCACACCCGGGUAUGGAAGAUCACAACUCUAUCACAAAAUGCAUAAAUCAGUAGUUAGUGUAUUUCACAACACAGUACUGUAUACAGUACAAUAUAUGUAAAAAAAAAAUCCAGCAUUAGUCAUAUGAGCAUUUCUCUUUCGUACAAUGGGUUUAUCAAUGAGUUGGAAUGAGGAAACUUAUAUCCCCAUUGAAUAAAGUGCUUGGAGGCGACAUUUGCUAGCUGUCACCUUCAUAUGACAACCAAGAGUGUAACAAUGUAAUGUGGACCCGUUAAUGCAUGAAGAACCUCAUGGCUGGGUUCCGCAGUGUUGUACUAUGUACCUAUCUAGUCUUUUAUUCACAGUAUUGUAUUGUGAUGUACUGUAUAUCUUUCCUUUUAUCUCUUCUCAGUUCUUAUGUUGGAGAGGGAUUCAAUAUUUACAAAAUAUUGUCAUUUGUCUCAUACAUUCCUUCGUUUUUGUUCAUCAGAGUGAUAACCUGGCACACCUUUCAUCGUCUGCCUUCCCUUAUCUUACUCCGAUGAAGAAAAAUCAUACUCGGUAAAAAAUGUGGUACAGUAUUGCUUCACUUUAUCCGAACAGUAGAAAUUUGUAUACGUAUAACACAGCUCCUGUUAUGAACAUUCCGUCACCUCACAUAUAUAAACUAUUUAGGCGGAAACUUGUUUGAGAAUGUGAAAAGAUUACAUAGCUGCUCAUAAACAUGUACGUACUGUUACUACUGUAUAUGGGUUGUAGUACAGUAAAACCAGAUGUAUCGUGCUUUAAUCUUGUUAAAGUUUAUAGAGUACAGUACUGUCUUCUUCAUUAUUUCAUAAAGAAAACAGGAUUUAUUGUUUAAUCCCUUUUUAUUGUUUAUGUAUGUAUUUAUUUACUGUUCUUAUUUGAGUUCAUUGGAUUGACACACAAAUUUUUUUUUCUUCGUGUACUAUCUAUGGAUGCUGAUGUUAGUUAAACUUACUGGCUAUGGGAAUAAGCAAAUGAUAAAGACAGGCCGAACAGAAAUGGAUGUAUGAUUGAGACGAUUUCUAAGUGUUUAACCAAUGACUGUGGUGUAGAUUUUCACCUAGAAAUCUAAUAAUUAUUUACCAUAGGAGGAUAUAAGGAAGAAAUUAUAUGUGUGUAAUAAUCCUGUCCAGCUAAGAAUCAAUGACUCAUUUCUCUGCUGUCAUUGAUAAAUGUGGAUUUUGUACAAAAUGUUUGUAAAUCGUGUAAAUGUGUAAUCCCUGCACAGUACAGUACAGUAUUGCUUGUACAGAUACUGUAUUUAAUACAAGCUUGAAGCAUGUCAUACCCCAGCAUGGUACAGAAAUGUGGUUGUGGGAUGCUUGAAUUAAAAGUUGAAGUGAGGCUAUCAAUCACUUUGGCUGUGUUUUUUGCAUGAUGCUCUUAGGAGCAACAUAUAUGAAUUACUGUAUAUGAUUUUUGUUUAUUUAUUUAUUUUUUAAGUUUUCAUAUUAUUCUAAGGACCUUGACUUUGUAGCAUAUUGACCACUAGUGAAUUCUUUGGAAGAACUGCCACUUUUGAGAAACAAAUGACCAUCUGUUAUUAUUAUUGUUUUUAUUAUUAUUAUUAUUAUUAUUAUUAUUAUUAUUAUUAUUAUUAUUAUUAUUAUUAUUAUUAUUAUAAUAUUGGUACAGUAUUUACUAAGAGUAAAUAGAAAAUGUACAUUAUUUGAAUUGAACUUCUGUACCAUGAUACCAUAAGUAUUGUUCAUAUUUCUUGGUUAAAAAACUCAAUACUAUAUGGUCUGUUGAUCCCAAAAGGUAUGAUCAUCAUCACCAAUGCCAUAUAAAUGUUGUUUCUAGAUCAGAGAUGACUAGUCUCACAUUAUCAUCACACCAGAGACAAGCAUGUGUUUCUUUGGUGUCACUUUCUAAUAAACUGGCUGGUGAGUCUUCAGCAAAUUUCUUUUUUCUUUUUUCUUUUUUAAUAAAUGUUCAUGGACUGGUGACCUACUGUAUUUUGGAUUCUGUGCCCAUAUUUUAUAAUGAUGUGUAUGGGUGAAAUAAUAUUGGUAAUGCAUAUGAUCAAUGGCAAGUCAGUUAUCAAGAACAAAAAUUGCUGAAUGUUUAAGUACAGUGGUCCCUCGGUUAACGAACGCCUUGGCUAACGAAAUUUCGGUUUACGAAUAACCUUCCGUAAGAAACUUCAUUUCGGUUAACGAACAAAAAUUCGGUUAACAAAAUUCUUACGAAAAUGUUUCGACAUGCUUUGGCUUGCUCACCAGCUGGAAGAUUAGUCCGCCAAUACAGAAAUCGGUUAUAA